UCCCUUGAACCUGCCAAGGUGUCUGGUUGAAGUGUCCAGCCUCCCCUGGCAAGCUCCUGGCUGGUGUCAUCACAGCCUCUGCUUCCCUUGGCUUUGGUGUCACCAGAGUGGCAAGCAGGCUCUGGCAAGUCCCUGGGUUGUGUUGAUGAGCUGCCUGGAUCUUUGCUAUCUUGCAAGUGGUGCCCAUAAAGGAAAUGAGGGUGGUGUGGGUGUCCAGGUCCCCAAAGCAAAGUCCCAGGAGAUGGCAGGGCAUUUGGCCUUGCCUGUGGGUGAGAAGCUGGUUUUGGAGAUGCACUGGUUGGAUGAGCUGUUAGCCUGCUCCAGAGGAAGGUAGAAUAAAAUUCAGCAUCUCUAUCUUGAGCAAUUUUGGGAUUUGUUCUGUUGUUUUCAUGGAAAGAGGAGAUUUCACUUCCUGCGGUUGUUUUUGUGAGGUGGGAAAUUUGUGUCAACUGACCCAGCGAGCAGUGUUGACCUUUUCCUCCAAGGAAAUUGAAUCCUGCUCUCUGGAGAGCCAGGCUGAGGGUCUGCUUGAGCACUGAGCCCAAGGCUGCCCCCUCCCCAUCUCUGUCCUCUCAGGUUUUCCCCAAGAGUCACGUUGUCAGCGCGCUCAGGACCAUCUUUGAGAAGAACGUGCUGGGCUUUGCAGGGGGCACCAUGGGGGCGGUGAAUGGCAUGAGACCCGACGGGGUGCCCGACACCUCCAGCGUCCAGUCCAACGAGGUGUGGAUCGGCGUGGUGUACGCCCUGGCUGCCACCAUGAUCCAGGAGGGGCUGGUGGAGGAAGGCUUCCGUACGGCGGAGGGCUGCUACCGGACGGUGUGGGAACGGCUGGGCAUGGCUUUCCAGACGCCGGAGGCCUACCGGGAGAAGAAGGUGUACCGCUCGCUGGCCUACAUGCGGCCCCUCAGCAUCUGGAGCAUGCAGCUGGCCCUGGAGCGCCGGGCUGGCUGGGCACCUGCACCCGCACCGCCCUGCCAGGUCCCCAUCCACCCGUGAGCCUGGUGGCACUGGGCGGGGCACUGGGUGCAGCAGGGGCUGGGGAUGGUCCUCAGAUGGCAGGCAGGGACCCUUCCCUCCCCCUCUGUGCUAGUACUCCCAUUGCUCUUUUCCUUCCCUACCUCCACUACAUGCCCUUGACCUCAGGGGCCUCCAGUCACUGAUGCUGAGCACUAAGAGGGGGGGACCAGAGGUGUGGGGGAUGUGUGAGCUAAGGAGUUGCUGCUGGAGCCUGUGCCUCGCCUUCCCCAUUGCUCAGGGCUCUGAUAAGCCUGCAAGCUCGCCAGCCAUUCCAAACGGGGGCUGGUCCCUUGCCCAGUGGCACAGGAGUCCUCUUGUGCAGUCAGAGGGCUGGGUAAGGUGGGGACCUGGCCUGUAGGAAUAAAAGGUGUGUGUAUGUGUGUGUGAGGAUGUUGGACUGGUGCACGCAGGCACGUGGCUUUGGUGGUUGUGGUUGGGUGACACUGCACAGACUGAGUGGCUCUGCCCCAGGAGGGCCUGUGGCAGAUCCAAUCCCCAGGGGAGACCCGGCUCCCUGGACGGUGACAAUCUGAGCCCAAGCAGCAGGUCCUGGUCUGGUACCAUGGCCCCCCUCC